UGGACAUUGGUAUGAACAGUGAGCUAUUGUUGACUGAACUAGAACCUGACUGUUCCUUCCUUGUUUCCGUUAGAACGCUGUCAAACUGGGCUUACGAAUUUGACAAAUGGGCUCCCUCCGUGGUGAAGGUGUCCUACAAGGGCUCUCCAGCAGCCAGACGGGCUUUCGUCCCCCAGCUCCGGAGUGGCAAGUUCAAUGUCUUGCUAACAACGUACGAGUACAUCAUUAAAGACAAGCACAUCCUUGCGAAGAUCCGCUGGAAGUACAUGAUCGUGGAUGAAGGCCACCGCAUGAAGAACCACCACUGCAAGCUGACUCAGGUCCUCAACACGCACUACGUGGCUCCCCGCCGCCUUCUGCUGACAGGCACGCCACUGCAGAACAAGCUCCCUGAGCUCUGGGCACUCCUCAAUUUCCUGCUGCCCACCAUCUUCAAGAGCUGCAGCACCUUUGAGCAGUGGUUCAAUGCGCCCUUUGCCAUGACUGGAGAAAAGGUGGACUUAAACGAGGAGGAGACCAUCCUCAUCAUUCGUCGCCUCCACAAAGUGCUACGGCCCUUCCUGCUCCGGCGGCUCAAGAAGGAGGUUGAAGCUCAGUUGCCUGAAAAGGUGGAGUACGUCAUCAAGUGCGACAUGUCUGCUCUGCAACGUGUGUUGUACCGGCACAUGCAGGCCAAGGGUGUGUUGCUGACCGAUGGCUCUGAGAAGGACAAGAAGGGCAAAGGCGGCACCAAGACCCUGAUGAACACCAUCAUGCAGCUGAGGAAGAUCUGCAACCACCCGUACAUGUUCCAGCACAUCGAGGAGUCCUUUUCCGAGCACCUGGGAUUUACCGGUGGCAUCGUCCAAGGGCUGGACCUGUACCGAGCCUCAGGGAAAUUCGAGCUCCUCGAUAGAAUUUUGCCCAAACUUCGUGCCACCAACCAUAAAGUGCUACUCUUCUGUCAGAUGACCUCCCUCAUGACGAUCAUGGAAGAUUAUUUUGCGUAUCGUGGCUUUAAAUACCUCAGGCUCGAUGGAACCACAAAAGCGGAGGAUCGGGGCAUGCUGCUGAAAACCUUCAAUGAGCCCGGCUCCGAGUAUUUCAUCUUCCUGCUCAGCACCCGGGCCGGGGGGCUCGGCCUGAACCUCCAGUCAGCUGACACUGUGAUCAUUUUUGACAGUGACUGGAACCCCCACCAGGACCUGCAAGCGCAGGACCGAGCCCACCGCAUUGGGCAGCAAAACGAGGUGCGGGUGCUCCGCCUCUGCACAGUCAAUAGUGUGGAGGAGAAGAUUCUGGCUGCGGCCAAGUACAAGCUCAACGUCGAUCAGAAGGUGAUCCAGGCUGGCAUGUUUGACCAGAAGUCCUCCAGCCAUGAGAGGCGUGCCUUCCUGCAGGCCAUCCUGGAGCAUGAGGAGCAGGACGAGAGCAGACACUGCAGCACGGGCAGCGGCAGUGCCAGCUUCGCCCACACUGCCCCUCCGCCAGCGGGCGUCAACCCCGACUUGGAGGAGCCACCUCUAAAGGAAGAAGAUGAAGUGCCCGACGAUGAAACUGUGAAUCAGAUGAUUGCCCGGCACGAAGAGGAGUUUGAUCUAUUCAUGCGCAUGGAUCUGGACCGCAGGCGUGAGGAAGCCCGCAACCCCAAGCGGAAGCCACGCCUGAUGGAGGAGGAUGAGCUCCCCUCCUGGAUCAUCAAGGACGAUGCGGAGGUGGAGCGGCUGACCUGCGAGGAAGAAGAAGAGAAGAUGUUUGGCCGUGGUUCCCGCCACCGCAAGGAGGUGGACUACAGUGACUCACUGACGGAGAAGCAGUGGCUCAAGGCCAUCGAGGAGGGCACGCUGGAGGAGAUCGAAGAGGAGGUUCGGCAGAAGAAAUCAUCGCGAAAACGCAAGCGGGACAGCGACGCCGGCUCCUCCACCCCGACCACCAGCACCCGUAGCCGCGACAAGGACGAGGAGAGCAAGAAGCAAAAAAAGCGUGGGCGGCCACCUGCUGAGAAGCUCUCCCCCAACCCGCCCAACCUCACCAAAAAGAUGAAAAAGAUUGUGGACGCUGUCAUCAAGUAUAAGGACAGUAGUAGUGGACGUCAGCUCAGCGAGGUGUUCAUCCAGCUGCCCUCCCGCAAGGAGCUGCCUGAGUACUACGAGCUCAUCCGCAAGCCCGUGGACUUCAAGAAGAUUAAGGAGCGCAUCCGCAACCACAAGUACCGCAGCCUCAACGACUUGGAGAAGGACGUCAUGCUGCUGUGCCAGAAUGCGCAGACCUUCAACCUGGAAGGCUCCCUGAUCUACGAAGACUCCAUUGUCCUGCAGUCUGUUUUCACCAGCGUGCGGCAGAAAAUAGAGAAAGAGGAUGACAGUGAAGGCGAGGAGAGCGAGGAGGAGGAGGAGGGCGAGGAGGAAGGCUCGGAGUCCGAGUCCCGCUCAGUUAAAGUGAAGAUCAAGCUGGGCCGGAAGGAGAAGGCACAGGAUCGGCUGAAGGGGGGCCGGCGGCGGCCAAGCCGUGGGUCCCGGGCCAAGCCGGUGGUGAGUGACGAUGACAGUGAGGAGGAGCAGGAAGAGGACCGCUCAGGAAGUGGCAGCGAGGAAGACUGAAUCCGGACAUUCCAGAGUCUCGACCCCAAGCCCCUCGUCCCAGAGCCGAGGCGGUGUAGCUCUUAGCAGUAACGGGUAGCAGCAGAUGUAGUUUCAGACGUGGGGUAUAACUGUAUAAACAAAAAUCUUCCAUAUUUAUACGGCAGAGAAGAUGUAGGGCUGUUUGUGUCUGGUCCUGUCCUGGCAUCAGUAGCGUUUGUUAACGGCAUUAACUGUUUAAAAUGACAAAGAAUUAUGAAUCGGGGAACACACGACACCUGUUUUUCUUUUCCUUUCCUGGCAGUACUGUUGCGGCCGCAGUUUGGAAUCACUGUAGUUUAAGCCGUGGAUGCAUGUGUGUAGCCGUCCACUCCUUGUACUGUAUUUUAUUGGACAGGUCACGCUCGCUGGGGCCCGGGGUCCGCAGGCCCGGCGGGGGUAUGUCAGUGUCACUGGAUGUCAAACAGUAAUAAAUUAAACCAACAGCAAAACUCA